AUGGCUUCAUCAGUACAGAAUAGUAGGAUUUCAUCACCUGGUUAUUGUGCCUGUUGUCGAACGUGCAACAUGUGGUGUUGGAAAGGAUUCAAAUGGCUUCCAGUGUCAUUCAUAGUGUCUAUAAUAACUUGGUCAUACUAUGCCUACGUUAUUCAACUCUGUAUUUUUACAAUACAAAGCACAGUCCAACAAUGGAUUUAUUUGGUGCUGUACCACAUACUCCUAAUAAUGUUCGUCUGGUCUUACUGGAAAACAAUUUUUGCAGAGAUAGAACCAAUCCCUGAAAAAUACAAGCUGCCUGAAGCAGAACUAGAGAAAAUGUUGAGUGCAGAAUCUGAAGAUUCACAAAGAACAAUUCUUGAAAACUUUGCUAAGGAUUUGCCAAUUGUUACAAGGACAAUGUCUGGAUCGAUACGCUACUGCAACCGGUGCGUGCUCGUCAAGCCUGACCGAGCUCACCACUGCAGCAUAUGCGCUCGGUGCGUGCUCAAAAUGGAUCACCACUGCCCCUGGGUGAACAACUGCGUCUGCUUCCACAACUACAAGUUCUUCAUGCUGUUCCUUGGCUACGCGCUGCUGUAUUGUCUCUUUGUCAUGGCGACAUGCCUGCCGUAUUUCAUACGACUUUGGAAGAUGUACGAAGAAUACAAGCACGCCCACUGCGAUUUAAUUUUAGAAAGCGGAGCAUACACGAAAAUAUGCGUGGACAUGAUAAACGGCGACUUCGGUACAGCGACAUCGAGUGGUCGUUAUCACAUCAUAUUCGCUUUUUUCGUGUCGCUAAUGUUCGCGAUAUCUCUGGGUUCACUAUUCGGAUACCAUUGUUACCUCGUCGUCAAUAAUAGAACAACUUUAGAUAUGCUCAUAAACAAUCGCCGUUUGAACACGCACGGCGGUAGUUUUAUACGAAUAAUGCUUAAGAAUUUGGUUCACGAAGCGUUUAGAGCGCCGAUGUUCCGAGGCGGCGCCGACAAAAAUGGCUUCUCAAUUGGUGCUUUCAAAAACUUCAAGGAAGUGUUCGGUAAUAGUCCGAACCUCUGGUUGGUGCCUGUAUUCACAAGCUUCGGAGACGGCAUGGUGUAUCCAACACCUCGUGAGGAAGAAGAAUCCGAGUCUCUGCUCAGUUCAGAGCGCUGGGAUCGCUGGGGCGAUCGAGCACGACCAUUCGACGAACGUGAGAGCUCCAGUUUCGACGAACUCUGAAUACACACACCCACACCCACACAAACACACACACACUCACACACACACAACACACACCACACACACACACACACACACACACACACACACACACACACACACACACACACACACACACACACACACACAAACACACACACACACAUACACACCGACACACACCGACAAAUGAAAAACUCAAUAGAGGAGUUUAAUAACAAAUUUAAUGUGUAUUAUCAAUCAUGAUACCUUUUGUUUUUUCUUUAUAAUAUUUGUAGGUUAUUUACGAACGCCAAGCUACAGGUUUUGUGCGUAUUUUAUGUGUAAUGUGUAACGAGAUGAAUAUAAGAGUCGUCGUGGCCUAAAGGAUAAGACGUCCGGUGCAUUCGUAUGUAGCGAUGCACCGAUGUUCGAAUCCCGCAGGCGGGUACCAAUUUUUCUAAUGAAGACGUACUCAACAAAUGUUCACGAUUGACUUCCACGGUGAAGGAAUAACAUCGUGUAAUAAAAACCAAACCCGCAAAAUUAUAAUUUGCGUAAACACUGGUGGUAGGACCUCUUGGGAGUCCGCGCGGGUAGGUACCACCACCCCGCCUAUUUCCGCCGUGAAGCAGUAUUGCGUUUCGGUUCGAAGGGUGGGGUAGCCGUUGUAACUAUAUUGAGACCUUAGAACUUAUAUCUCGAGGUGGGUGGCGCAUUUACGUUGUAGAUGUCUAUGGGCUCCAGUAACCACUUAACACCAGGUGGGCUGUGAGCUCGUCCAUCCAUCUAAGCAAUAAAAAAAAAAAAAAAAAAAAAAAAAAAAUAGUAUAGACAUUUAUAUAUGUAUUAGCGAAUGUAAAAUUGAAGCCUUUAAAUACGUCUGACACUUAAAAGUAGGAAUUUGUGUAUUUAUCGAAUUAUAUCUACGGUAUAAGUAUUAGCGUUGGUUUCAUUAUUUUACAUUAUUAUCGUGAUGUUUGUUAAAUUUGUGCAUAUUUUUUGUCGUACUUUUUCAUUCCUUUCUCUGUUGAUCUACUUCUGUAGUCGAAAAUAAGUGAUAAAUGCUAGAACAAAAUAUGAGCCAUUUUUCAUAAUGUAUUGAUAUGGUUUUACUGUAUCAUCUGUAGUUUAAUUUUCAUUUAGUGAACCGAGUUAAAAAAAUAUAUAUAUAUUUCGUGUCCUUAAAAUUGCGAAUUGUAAUUAGUCAACUCCGGUGAUAUUUUCCAUAGUGAUAAAUUAUAUAUUAUAUAAAAAGAAAUGUAAUUAAAUAAUAUAUUAUAAGUAUAUAUUAUGUAACGUUGUGUAUAGUAUGAAUAUAUUAUGAUUUUAAUUAUUACUUUUAAAAUCCGUUAUUAUUGUACUGACAUUUUAUCUUUUUAUAUUUUAUUUAUGGAAGAAAAUAGUGGACGAAUAUUAUAUUUGUCUAUGUGUAGAUGACGGCAAUGGUCUGUGGUCCGCCUGGUGCGGAAUCAUAGAGCCUAUAUACAUUAAGAGGUGAAUGCCCCCAACCCACCUUAACUAAUGAGAUUGAGGAAUAAAUUGAAAAAAGGAACAUAAUAUUAUCUAUAUUUGGCAUUUAUCAAAAUUUAUCAAAUUUCCCUGUACUCUAGCGUAUGUCAUACAUAUGUGUAGUUCUACACAAGCGUGUACUAGAAUAUGACUUAAUCCAAGUUCCACAAGAUUUCAGAUUACAACUGUCUCAAAUUUAAUCAAGUCUAUCAUCAGCUAAAUAUGCGCAGCGUAUUUUUAAUUUUACUACGUGCAGCCCAACUUGACGGGUAUCAUUUAAAUGUCGACUAUAAUAAAGUUAUUAUUUAUUUUUACUGUGUGUUUAUAGAUAUUAAUGAUUAAGUAUAUUGGUGCUCUGUGUUUGUAUGAAGCGAAUGCAAUACAAAUAUUAUUAUGUCUAUUGUCCGUACAUUAUUUUUAUUGUGUUUGACAUGAAUACUGCCCAAUUGACGGUAGUCACAAAUAUUUAAUAUGGUCAUUAAGUAAAAAGAAGAUUUUUCCAUGACUAUUAAAUUAUAUUAUACUUUUUUUUUCACUUAUUUAUAUUUUAGAAUGUACCGUGUGUACUUGAAUGUAGCAAUUGUAAAUUCGGAGUGCUUAAAUUAUAAGACUGCGACUGUUUAUGUCGUUUUAGAUAAGGCAUUGGUGGAUAGAAAUAAAUAAACGGAUAUAGAAAUGUAUUGUGUUAACCGUGUAUUGUGUAAGUAAAGUGAUAAGCUACAAAUAGAUUAUGCAUUUUAUUAAAAUUUAUCAAUUAUCAGAUUUAUUCUAUUAUUGAAGACUAUGAAAUCAUAACAUAUAAUAAUAUAUUAUUCGGGGUAUCAAAUAAAUAUAAAAUUAAUUUAACAAGUUCUAACUUUAAUUAAAUCAAACAAUGUUUUGUAACAGUUUGUACCUGGCACAAUUCAGUAAAAUACUUAUUGUAGAUUACAUAUACCCUCCUGUUUACACAAUCCCAGUUUUAAACUAUUUCGCUUUGACUAGGUUUAUGAAGGACGAAUUUUGUUAAUUAAUAAAAACGAUUUAUUUGGUUGCUAUAUAUUCGCAUGUGCAUAUCGUUAAAAGCAUUUUUAGGUCUUCAUGUGGCAACACCGACGGCCAUAACGCAGAACUCCCCGUAUGAAUAUGUACAUAUGGCAUGACAUUCCAUAUGUACAUAUACAAUACAAACGCAUACUAUACAAACGCAUAGUUCAUGUAAAAGUAAGCCAAGAAAGUAUAUAAUUUUUAUCACAAUUGCGAGUUUAUGUAUUAGUUAUCAAUCUGACAGCUUUUAUAUAGGCUACACGCGUAAUUUGUAUUAAAAAAAAUGGAUACAAAAUAAACAUAAAAGUUGUAUCUUUGGAAAUAAAAGUUAAAAUAUUGGAUCCUACGAUUUUACGUAAUAGGGAAAUAAUAAAGAAUGUUGCCAAUUUUUUUUUUCAUGAAUUAUGCCAAAAUAUUCUUGUGUGGAGUAAAAUGGCUUUUUAAUAUGUGCUACUUUUAUUUUAUUCAAGUAAAUGACUGAUUUGAACUCAUGUCGGGAGUUUAUUUUAUUUUACACGGUUUUGUAUAACCUAUCUUCAAUAUAAAUAGGGGGAUGGGUGUACAAUGUUUAAUAGGAUUUGAUCAUUUUUGAAAUGAAAGAAAAAAGUACGAUAAAAAUUUAACUUUAAUACCGCUACGAUACGUCACAAUAUUAGUAAAUGUAUUAAUUAGUCCCAUUAAUAUUUUUUGGUGCCAUCUCAAUGACAAAAAUAAUAUAGUAAUUUUAAAUAUUUCUCGUAAUUCCACAAUAAGAUAAUCUAUAAUACUUUAUAAUAAAAUCUAAUGAUUUUUUAAUUAGCCUACUGUUUCAGAAAUCUAAUCGUGUCUUGUAAAAUAAUUAUUAUGAAUAAAUUCCAAUUGUGCACUGUGUUAUUGAGGACACAAUUUUUUAUUAAGAUCUAGUGUUUCGUGCAAAAUGAAAAAAAAAACUGUAGUUUUUCAAUUUUUAGUAAUUCUAUAAUAUAUUAUUAUAACAAUUCGGUGUUCAUACGACUCGGUUACAUUAGUUCAGUUGCUGAAGCGUUACGAAUUAUCUAAACCACUGAUUUAGAAUAAUAAGCUGGAUACCACGAGCUGUCCGUCCAAUAAUUAGUUCUUCCUACGUCAUUGGAAACUACUACUACUACUGCGCUGGCGCUAUGACCCCGAAGUGGGUUUUGGCCUCCGAUGAUAAACUUUUCAUUGGAAACGGUUUUUUUUUUUUUUUUAUUGCAUUGGCAGAGAUCAACUUCACGACUCACCCGGCAUAUAGUGGUUACCGAAGUCUAUCGAUAUCACAACUUGAGAUUAAAUGUCGAAAUUUCAAUUUCACAUCAUGUAACGGACGUUGCGCCCUUAAACACAGAAAGCAUCAGAAAGCAUGACUGCAGAAAUCACCAGUAUGGUAGUACUUAGCAGUGCUGGGUUAUAAUUGACGCGUGUAUAAUAAUUAGCAGAAUGCUGCCUAUUCUCCGGUGAAUCACUUAGUUGCGUUAUAUGAUAACCACGGGAAGUUAUGGAGGGCCACCUCCACACAACUAAAGUAAAGAGAAGCUUACAUUUGCGUAAGUCUUUCUCCCCAAUUCUACCGCAGAGCUAUCAAAGCGACAUCCUUGUUGUUUCAAUGAGUCAAUUACUCCCCCACCGGUCGCACGCUGACCUGAAUUCAAACCUAUAAAGCUAUAAAACAAAAUUAACUGUAAAAACUUUUUAUCUAUAGUGGUCCAAGUUACUCGUGAAAAUAUUUUUAAUGAAAAACUGAUAAUUGCUGUAAAUGGGCUAUAAUUCAGAUUUCAGAAAAAAAGUGACACGCUCGUAAUAUACAAUUGGUAUUCUAAUUAUUCUAAACCCCGUGAUGUUCUCUGGAAAAGAAUAAAUACAUUAAAAUGUUCUUUUUUAAUUAAAAUGUAUAUGUCAGCCGUUUCUAUUUUCCAACUUCAAAGAAUGUUUAAAUUUACUCUUGUAGUAUUUUUGAAUUUAUCAUUGAACUACUAACGAUCGAUGAAUUGUUAAGUUGUGUUUAGCACAUUCCAACUCCAUCAACGAAAGUAAUAAGUGUAAGGAUGUACUAGAAUCAAUUCCAAAAACAGUUGUAGUAAAUAUCAAAUACCAAAACAAAUACACGAUCUUAUGAUACGUCGUGGGAGCAGAGUCUGUCAGCUGUCAGUUCAGUAUAAAUUUGUGUACCCACAAUUUUAUUCAAUGCUGACGACUAUUUGUCUCAUCUGUUUAUUACGCAGUAGUUAAAUCCUCAGCGUAAAUGCCAACUCCAAACUUGAAACGUAAGGUCGAAAAUUGAUCUCGUACCUGAGAUAGAAAAGAUAGUAUCCGCGGCAGAAUGUUGGUAUCCACCCACCUGAAUGAACAAAUGUUUUUUCUUCUUUAUCUUGCAAUCAGUCAGCUAGACUAUGGGCAGAUGUGUUGAGAGCUGGUAGGCGGUCAGAGCAAAAUCUCCAUCGAGACUGUUCCACUCUGUCAACCGUGUCUAUUAAGACUUAGGAUUUGUCGCCUUUUAAGCUUAUUUAUUAGGUCCGGUGUGGUUAGCUGAGAACAAAAUAAGAUACAAAAACUCGAAGUAUUAAUUCUUAUUUUAGUAGAUUAAAGUUAUGUGUGUACAUUAGUGAGACUUGUUUUGGUGACGGUCCUUUUACACUCUAUAUCAGGGGUGGCCAACCGGCAGAUCGCGAUCGAUCGGUCGAUCGCGGCUAUUAGUUCAGUCGAUCGUGGCAAGGCAAAAAAUAUAAAAGACUGCGCAACGUAAUCACCAAUUGCUGCGCGCAUCAUCUUCAUCUUGUAUCAUUUGUUAAUGACCAUUAAGUCACAUUAUUUAUGCUCCCUUCUACACAAUAGUUCUCUUUUAUUAUAUAAUUUCAGGUUUAUUUUAGUCUUUUUAAUAAAAGUAAAUACGUAUGUAUACGUACUACUUAUUUGUAUACUGAACUACGUUGUUUCAUUAAAUUUCAAGAAAUAUAAUUGGUAGAUCGCAGUGUGUUUUUUUUUAUUGCUUAGAUGGGUGGACGAGCUCACAGAACACCUGGUGUUGAUUAGUUACUGGAGCCCAUAGACAUCUACAACGCAAAUGCCCCACCCACUUAUAAGUUCUAAGGUCUCAAGUAUAGUUACAACGGCUGCCCACCCUUCGAACCGAAACGCAUUACUGCUUCACGGCAGAAAUAGGCAGGGCGGUGGUACCUACCCGUGUGGAGUCACAAGAGGUCCUACCACCAGUAAAAAGUUUUUAUACUGAACUACAUUUUUUCAUUAAAUUUUAAGAAAUGUCAUUGGUAGAUCGCAGUGUUUCGUCAAUAGACAUUAGAUCUUGGUUCUAAUUAAGUUGGCCACCUCUGCUCUAUAUACAUACAAUGUAGACUAAACUGCGAGCACUGUUGUACAUUACACAUCACAUUCCUUAAUUGUUCCAUUGUGCUUUGAUCAUCACGUUGUGUAGUAAAACUAAGGUCCUAGUCAUAUAUAAUUUUUGAAUUAGCUCGCCGCACAUCGGAAUUAGUUUUAUUUAAUAAUAUCUACAGCUGUUCCGCUUUUUAAUUAAGUAAUUUGUACGGUUUGCAAAAAAAAAAAACAAUUUAUAUUAACCGAAAGUUGCAUUUGUCUUUAUGUAGUUCGUAAUAAUUUAAGGUUAAAUUCUAUCUUUAUGAAGUGUAUUUUUUUUUAUAUAUUUGUUUCAAGUAUAGUUUCGGCUUGCAAUGUAGUUAAUGUAUACAUAUUGCAGUGAUAUUUAUUGUACAAUUAGUCACCCUUGUGUUGUUGUGACGUGCAAUGUAUUUUUUUAAAAAUUAAAUAGUAACAAAUAAAA